UUUCCAAACCAUAUAAUUAUAAAAAAAAAUACGCGGUCAAAAUGAUCUCUUUAUAAACUCAUCUCUUCUUCUCCUAUCUUUCAUCAAUCAUCAUCACUCUCUCUUUCUCUCUCAGACCAAAGAGAAAAGCUUCUUCUACAAUUCUCGACUUUGCAUCUGAACAGAGGAUGUUGCUAAGUUUCCGGCGAGACCAAGUUGACUCCAACGCAGCCAGUCACAACAACAACAUGGAGGCUGAGCUAGAUUCUUUCCAGAGACAAGUCGCCGAGAAGUUCACCGAUCUCAACGCCUCCUCCUCCGGCGACGACCUUCUCUCUCUCGAAUGGAUCGGAAAGCUUCUGGACUCGUUCCUAUGCUGCCAAGAGGAGUUCCGAGCCAUCGUCUUCAACCACCGCUCGCAGAUCUCCGCAUCAUCGUCUCCGACGAACCGUCUCGUCUCCGACUACUUCGAGCGGAGCAUCAAAGCCCUCGACGUCUGCAACGCGAUCCGCGACGGCGUCGAGCAGAUCCGCCAGUGGCAGAAGCUCUCCGACAUCGUGAUCUCGGCGCUAGACAGCCGCCGCGCCAACGUCGGAGAAGGUCAGCUCCGGCGAGCUAAGAAGGCUCUUGUCGAUCUAGCGAUCGGGAUGCUCGACGAGAAAGACUCGACGAGGCUGGCUCAUCGCAACCGUUCGUUCGGGAGAGCCAAAGACGGCCACAACCGUUCGAUGGGACAACACUUGAGAUCUCUCUCGUGGAGCGUCUCGAGGUCGUGGUCAGCUUCCAAGCAGUUACAAGCCUUGGCGAGCAAUUUAACGACGCCGAGACAGAACGACGUCGGUUUAGCCGUACCGGUUUAUACCAUGACGUCGGUUUUGUUGUUCGUGAUGUGGGUUUUGGUGGCUGCGAUUCCUUGUCAGGACCGUGGGUUGCAGGUUAGUUUCUUCGUGCCGAGGCAGUUCCGGUGGGCGGCUCCGGUUAUGUCGUUGCACGACAAGAUCGUGGAGGAGUCGAAGAGGAGAGAUAGGAAGAAUUGUUGUGGGUUGCUUAAGGAGAUUGGUCGGAUUGAGAAGAGUUCGAGGGUGAUGAAUGAGUUGAUCGAUUCGAUUCAUUUCCCGAUGAGUGAGGAGAAGGAGAGUGAGGUGAAACAGAGAGUGGAGGAGCUUGUGGAGGUUCAUGAGGCUUUGAAAAAUGGGUUGGAUCCGUUUGAGAGGAAAGUAAGAGAAGUUUUCCAUCGGAUUGUGAGAAGCAGAACCGAGAGUCUUGAUUCUCUUUGUUAAUGGGUCUUGUGCUGAACAUGUUUGUUUGUCCUAAUAUGAUGUUUCAUAUUCGGAUUUUUUUUUUUUUGGUCUUUUUGGAACAAGGUAUAGAAAGAGUGUAGAAGUCUUCUUCUUAUCUCUCUGUGAAGCUGAUCGUGAUGAUGUUUUUCUUUGGGUAGCUACUUGCCUAGCUUUUUUAGUGUUUUACAAAAACCAAGGUUACAUGGUGGUCA